AUGAAAGUAAUUAUAUCAUCUGCUACUUUGGAUACAGCAGUUCCGACAUUGUAUCGAAACAUCGCUGGUUGUUCUUUAAUUGAAUUUAAUUUAGUAUCGUUAUCAACACUUUAUCCAGUGACUGUAAAUGAUGCAUCAAAGGAAAAUCUACUUGAUCUUGUACAAAAAUUUUAUAGUCAACGAAAUCGGCAUGAUCAAAUACUCUGCUGUGUCGGUUCAACAUUGGAAGCAUUGGAAAAUUGCCGAUUAAUAAAUAAGAUAACAAAAGGUGCCAUUGUUGCAUAUCCUCUCAUACAGUCACAAUCUGCUAUUGAUCAGCAAAAAUAUAUUGAAUAA